AGGCAAGCAAUAAAGGCUGUUUAGAAAGUUGGCUUUCCUCCAAAGACCCAGCUGUUUUGUAUUCUGCCAUUAAUACUGGCAAGCUAGAGACCCCUGGGACUAUCCCAAGCAAGAACUGCAGUCUGCAGAUACCCAGGUUACACACACUGUUUGGUGUAGAAAACACAGGUGGUGAAGAUAAAUCAGCUUUGGGAUCUGUUAUCUGAAAACAUGCCAGGGAUGAUGGGACAGGCUGAGACUUAUUGAAAGUUGGUUUUCUUUGUAAACCUAGAAGGGCAAGGUGUAGUUAAUAUCUGCCAGAAGCCAGUGAGCUAUGCCACUGUCAAAACUCAUAACUGGAUCCUAGUAAGGAACAGGUCAUAGUCACAUUCAGAGUAACAAUGGUCCUUGGCUACUGUGGAGCCAGAGUCACCCAAUCAGCACUCUGCAGACAGAACUUUCAUUUGCAUGCUAUUGUCUAUAACUGGCCAUGCCGACAAAAGCCUGGUGACAUUUGAAGGCAGGAGCUUAAGGAGGGAAGAACAAUGGCUGCUAAACAGCAAGGCAAAAAGAAAGCCAGGGAUAUGAAGAGAAAGAAGGCCCAGAAGAAGCACCAACAAGCUAGACAGAAGCAGAAGAAGCUCCAACCUCGAAAACAGAAGAAGCACCAGCCUCGUCUUAAGCGUCAAGCCAAGCGGACAUCUGCCGCUAAGGCAGGGAGCAGUGAGCAGCAGUCAAAGAUCUGUUCCCCGAGGCUCUUUGCCUCCAAAAUACUGCGACAGAUGCCCAAGGUGCGUAUGGAGGCCAAGGCCAGGGGCCUGAUGAAGACCUUGUUGACGGACUUAUAUGACCACGUGGCGACCCAGGUGGAGACCUUGAGCCAAAGGGAUGAGCAGUCCAUCAUCAGCUGCACUGAUGUCCAAGCUGCCUUGAAGGAGGCCAUGGAAAAGGAGUUGGCCAAGCACACGGCCGAACAGUCCACCCCCAGCACCACUGAGUGCGCUUAGAGAAACACCCCUCCCCUUCUCCAACAGGUCAAGAAGGGAGAGGACCAAAGAUUGCCCUGAGAAGAUCCUAGUAAUACCCGAGAGACUUUAAAAUAUUUUGCUGCCUUAAUAAGUCCAAGGAAUCCUGCCAUUUACCACUUUGUAAGACAUGAGCUGACAUGGAAUGGAGAGAAUGGCCUUGAGAAAAAAAGAUGUGAAAGGUGUGGCUUCUGAAAAGAAGCACCAAACACUGUUGCUCCCAUUAAACAGGAUUUUAGCAGCUUUAUUCAGUUCUUCCAAUAAAUCAGGAUUUUAGCAGCUUUAUUCAAGUGUAUUUCAUUUUUUGUUUUUGUUGUACUCUGUGGAAAUUAACUUGGGUUCGGGUCAUGACUGCAAAUUUAGUUAUAUAAAAUGUUGCUUAACAGAAGCAUCUGGCACAUUGUGCUAAAUCAAUUUUUUUAAAAAAAAUAAAGUACAUUAAAAAUGUGGGGAAGGUAAAAUAAAUAAUAAGCAUGUGAAUUACAGAUUUACAUAAGACACUGCAUCACAAGUCUAAAACCUAGAACAAAGUUCUCACAAUACUGAAAAGAAAAACUAUAGUAUUGAAUUUGACCUAUUUGGAAUAGUAACUUUCAAAAUUUAGACAUUACAACAUUAUUCCAUAGUCUCAAAUACCAAGAUGUUGAAUCCUGUAAAAAAAAAUUUUUUUAAAGCCACUUGAGUUGCUAUUAAUCGAGAAGGGCCAUUUAUUCCAAAUUCUCUUUUUGUGCUUUAAAGAAGCUUUACACUCUAUCUCCCUGUCUUUUUUCAAAGUUAGGUGAAUCCAAUACAUUUACCAAUAACAAUUUUAUUUGACUUAUCAGACCUCUUGAAUUUCUCAGAGUAAUUAAACGACUGAAGUUCUAGCUAUAGCUAUAUAUAUUUUUAAAAAAACCCAAGCUUCGAACUAGAUUAGGAGGUAAA